UUUACAGUUUCUUUGUUUUAUUGCCGGCUUGAACUUUUUGUUAAUUUUCUAUUAAAAUAUUAUAAAAUUGCAUUUGAAGUAAAAAAGAUGAAAUUCGGGACAUUUUGAGGAUUAAAUUAAAUGUUAAUUAAAGAAAUAUCGACUAAAAAAGCUUUGAAAAAUCCAUGUCUUAAAGAUGAAUAAUCCUGAAGUCACCACAAAUCCAACAAUGGAUCUAAUGGAUCUAAACGACGAUUGCUUGUUGUAUAUUUUGCAAUUCCUCAAUUUGAUAGAAUUGAUGGACCUCCGUGGGGUUUGUUGCCGUUUGGAUAAUUUGAUUCUUCAAAGUCGUUCAAGAUUUGUGCACUUUAAUUUUAAAGCUUUUCCUUCAGGACAAAAUUUUGAUGAAACAAAAUUCUUGGAAAUUCUUCAAUUCUUAGGAUCGACAAUCAAAUCAUUAGAUUUAAAUGGGUUCUUUGACAUUUUUCCGUAUUUUUAUGGCAAAUCUGUGAUAUUUCAAUGGAUUUCUGAGCAUUGUGUGAACUUGGAGACUUACAUUCAUGAAGAUUUUGAUUUCGAUAACAUUCCAAUGAUACAGCAAUUCGCUUCAGUUGUUAGAACUUUGAGAUCUUUAACUUUAAUCAACUGUAGUUUUGAUGAUAGCCUUGGGGAUUGUUUUAUAGAUGCCCAACUUGAAGAAUUGAAAGUCGAUGGAAUGAAAAUCACUGAAAAGUUUUUCAAAAAUGUCUCAAAUUUGAUAUCUUUAUCUAUCCGUCAAUGUAUAAAUAUGACUGCAGAUUCACACAUUCAAGUUUUAAAAAAUAAUUUAAAAGUGAGAAAACUCGAAAUUUCUUCAAUUUGUAAAACAGAAGAGCUUGUCAACUUCAUUAGCAAGUUGCCUCAAAUUGAAGAACUUACAAUGAAUGUAACUUCAGUCAACUUUAGUGCCUUUGGUGAUUUACCAAACUUAAAAAAACUGAAGUUGUCACAAAAAUAUUAUCCUGUUCUUGACAAAGAUUUAGUUUCAGUAGAGAUGAAGAAAUUGAUCGAACAGCUGAAACAAAAGAACAUCAUCGAGGAUCUUGAAACUCGUAGGAUGGAUCUUCAUGAACACUUGAACCUCAUAAGUGAGCUAACUAGUUUAAAAGAAUUAUCUUUAGACAAAUUGAAUAGAGCUACUGAUGCCGAUGUUAAAAAUCUUCAAAAGCUUGUGAACCUCGAAAAAUUAACAAUCUUUAGUUUUGAGAAGAAAUUAAGUGUUGAUAGCUUAAUUAAAUCUCUGAAGAGACUUCAACAUUUUCUUGUGGGAAUCGAUGAAAUUGACAUCGAAUAUCUUGAAAAAUUGACUCAAACUUUGAACCAUUCACAAAAUCGUCCUAAACUUGAGCUGCAUGUUGAGACAAUUCAUGUUGGGGAACAGUCUGAUGUGCUUUAUGAUUUGUUGAGGAACAACAAAGAUGUCCUUAAAGUUUCUUAUUAUGAUUUGAAUUAUUCUGAAUAAUCUUAACAAAUCCUCAAAAAAAAAUUGAAUGUAUUUAAUAUGAAAUAAAA